AUGUCUAAUUGGAAAGAAGCGAAAGAUGCAAACGGAAGGGUAUAUUACUACAACACUCUGACGAAGAAAUCUACGUGGGAGAAACCAACCCAGCUAGUUUCUAAGCAAGAGCAGCUUCUUCAGGAAAAUGGCUGGAGAGCGGCCAAGACUGCAGAGGGAAAAGUGUACUACUAUAAUACAACGACAAGAAAAACUAGCUGGGCUAUCCCCAUUUUCGAAAAGAAAACAGAGGACAUCGCAAAGAAAGAACCAGAUGUAAUACUAUCUGCUCAAGCUAGUAAAUAUAGAACGGUUUCUACAGAUGAAGAGAAAAAAGAACUAAGGCAAAAUAUCAAAGAAGAAGAGAGCCAAUAUUCCAAUGACUCAAAGUUGCUUAAUGUCAAAAGAAGGACGAAAGAAGAAGCGGAAAAAGAAUUUAUCACGAUGUUGAAGGAAAAACAAGUAGACUCUACGUGGUCAUUCAGUCGAAUAAUAUCAGAACUAGGAACUAGAGAUCCGAGAUAUUGGAUGGUCGACGAUGAUCCGUUAUGGAAAAAAGAUAUGUUUGAAAAGUAUCUUUCUAAUAGAUCUGCUGAUCAACUUCUAAAGGAACAUAAUGAAACAAGCAAAUUUAAAGAUGCAUUCUUGGAAAUGCUACGAAAUAAUUCCAAUAUAAAAUAUUAUACCCGUUGGUCAACCGCAAAGAGGCUAAUUGCUGAUGAACCAAUAUACAAACACUCGGUGGUUAACGAAAAGACAAAAAAACAAACUUUCCAAAACUAUAUAGACACUCUUGCAAAUGCAGAGAGGGAAUCUAAAGAAAAAUUGAAGACACAGGCCCUAGAAGAAUUAAGAGAAUAUUUGAACGGUAUUUUAAUGUCGCCAUCUUCCGAAGCAAUCAUAACAUGGCAACAACUGUCAAGUCAUUAUGUUUUUGAUAAGAGCAAGAGAUAUAUGGCCAAUAGACAUUUCAAAAUUUUGACUCAUGAAGAUGUUUUAACCGAUUAUUUGAAGAUUGUAAGUACAAUUGAAAAUGAUCUUGAAAACAAGCUGGAUCAACUUCGGCUGCGCAAUUAUACCAGGGAUCGCAUGGCCAGAGAUAAUUUCAAAGCUUUACUAAAGGAGAUCCCUAUCCAGAUCAAAGCAAAUACCAAAUGGUCUGAUAUCUACCCCUACUUAAAGUCUAAUCCACGGUUUUUGCAAAUGCUUGGAAGGGACGGGUCUUCCUGCCUUGAUUUGUUUUCAGAUCACGUUGAUGAACAAAGGAUGUACAUAUUCGCACAAAGAUCAAUAGCACAACAAACGUUGAUAGAUCAGAAUUUUCAAUGGAACGAUACAGAUGGCGACGGAAUCACUAGAGAGAACAUUGAAAAGGUUUUAGCGAAUGACCUGAAAUUCAAGAAGGUAGAUAAAGAAGACAUCAGUUUGAUAGCUGAUGGUAUAGUACAACAAAGAAACGAAAAGAUACAACAGAACCUUCAAAAAGAACGUAGAAUAAUGGAGCAAAAGAAGCACUAUUUUUGGUUACUUUUGCAAAGGAUAUACACGAAAACUGGCAAGCCUAAGCCCAGCAACUGGGACUUGGCUUCCAAGGAGCUGAGCGAGGCUCUCGAAUAUAAGGCAUUAGGUGAUAACGAUACUAUUAGAAAGCAAAUUUUUGAAGGUUUCAAACCCGAAAGCUCUCCACUGACUUCCGAAAGUGCCACAGCCGAUAUACCGUUAACUCCUUCUAAAAAGAGACAUUUGAGCCAGGCGAUCGAAUUAGACUAUUAG